AAAAUUAUAGUAGUUUUUUUAUUCUUCAUAAACUCAAAAUACAACAGCUGAAGGAUACAACAACAUAGUGCACACAACAUUAGUCUUGGAGUUAUAGUACUUGACACUACAAAUUGCUAUAAUAUCCCAUCAUGAACCCAUCUGCGAAAAAAAUGAACAAUGUUGUAUUGAGUAUUAACCCCAUAGCUCCGAGCACGAAUAAAGUCACAAACCGGAAAACAUGACAUGAAUAAACCCAUCACUACAAGUUUGCAAUGAAGCCAAAAGGCCACCAAGGUGAAUGAACCCAGAGUAUUAACCCCAUAGCUCUGAGCACGAAUAAAGUCACAAACCAGAAAACAUGACAUGAAUAAACCCAUCACUACAAGUUUGCAAUGAAGCCAAAAGGCCACCAAGGUGAAUGAUCCCAACUCUGACGAGUUGAAACCUAGCUUAGAAUCCUUCUCAAACAAGGAGAAUUCAGUCCCUCCAUCCUUGACCCUUUAGUAUUUUUUAACUCUGAUUUGUCAAUUAGUCCAUCAGUAAUGGUAUGGUUUUUUCUGGUGUCAGUUAUUUUCCCUUUUUAAUUUGACAUGAUUUAUGUAUUCACGAAAUUUAAUUACGACCUCGAUAGUGCUUAUUAUUUCACUUACUGUCUCUUGAAUCCUCGAAUCAUCUUAAACAAGAAAGCUAACUCUAGUUUCCUUUGCAACGCUAAUCGAACUCGUCGAAUAUGAUAACUCACAAAAAGCACAAACGACAUCACAGAAUCUGCGUUUUGGAAACGUGAAACGCAAUACAGUGUAUUGUUCUUCUAUCAAUGGAGUUGGAGUUCGAUCCGAUCCCAAUCGGUUCGUGCUCCAAAGAGCAUCACAACAUUUACCAGCAAUGGUUCAAUUUCGCUGAUUCAGAUAGUGAUGGACGCAUGACGGGGAAUGAUGCCACCAAGUUUUUCGCUAUGUCUAAUUUGUCCCGUCAAGAUCUUAAACAGGUAGUUUCUUUGGCACAAUCUGGACACCCAAUAACACAUGAUCUGCUGAAUAGUGAUGUUGAUUUGAAAAAUCUGAAACCUCCCAUAAUGGAGGGUUUGGAUGUAUUACUAGCUAAAAAAAAGCAUAAACAAAAAGACACUGAUGUAAAUGGUAGUCCUCAGUUACAGCUAUCACCAUCAAGCAGUUGGUUUUCUUCGAAGUCCACAAAAAAGGUGCCACUUUCCUCUGUGACAUCAAUAAUUGAUGGCUUGAAGAGACUCUAUAUCCAGAAGUUGAAGCCUUUAGAAGUUACUUACCGCUUUAAUGAUUUUGUCUCCCCAUUAUUGACAAAUAGUGAUUUUGAUGCCAAACCUAUGGUUAUGCUUUUGGGUCAAUAUUCAACUGGUAAAACAACAUUUAUCAAACAUCUGCUUAAAUGUGGUUAUCCAGGUGCACAUAUUGGACCUGAGCCUACAACUGAUAGGUUUGUUGUUGUCAUGUCUGGACCUGAUGAGAGAAGCAUUCCUGGAAAUACUGUUGCUGUCCAAGCAGACAUGCCGUUUAGUGGACUUACAACUUUUGGCACAGCUUUUCUGUCAAAAUUUGAGUGUUCACAAAUGCCUCAUCCGCUACUGGAGCACAUUACAUUUGUGGACAGUCCUGGAGUUCUAUCUGGAGAAAAGCAACGGACACAACGAGCAUAUGAUUUUACGGGUGUAACAUCUUGGUUUGCUGCAAAGUGUGAUUUGAUACUCCUCUUGUUUGAUCCUCACAAACUUGAUAUUAGUGAUGAGUUCAAUCGCGUGAUAACUUCUUUGCGGGGACAUGAUGACAAAAUUCGAGUAGUUUUGAACAAGGCAGAUCAAGUUGAUACUCAGCAACUGAUGAGGGUUUAUGGAGCCUUAAUGUGGUCACUCGGGAAGGUGCUGAACACACCUGAAGUCACUCGUGUGUAUAUUGGCUCCUUUAACGACAAGCCUGUAAAUGAUGCUGUCAGCGGUCCAAUCGGAAAGGAACUGUUUGAAAAAGAACAGGAAGACCUUCUUUCAGAUCUGAAAGAUAUACCAAAGGCGGCUUGUGAUCGAAGAAUCAAUGAAUUUGUUAAACGAGCCCGAGCAGCCAAGAUACAUGCUUACAUUAUCGGUCAUCUUAAAAAGGAGAUGCCUGCGAUGAUGGGCAAAUCUAAAGCUCAGCAAAAACUCAUUGAUAACUUGGCAGGUGAAUUUGGAAAGGUACAAAGGGAGUUCCAUUUACCUCCUGGUGACUUUCCAAAUGUUGAGCAUUUCAGAGAGAGCUUGCGUGGUUAUAAUAUCGACAAGUUUGAGAAAUUGAAGCCAAAAAUGAUACAAGUAGUUGAUGACAUGCUUGCCUACGACAUUCCUAACCUCUUGAAGAAUUUUAAGAAUCCUUAUGAUUAAAUUUCUUAGCACUUAAUCCAUUGAUGAGUUGAUUUAGUUGCAGUGACAUUUGUAGUAUACUAAUAUUGCGGGUUAUAUCCAGUAAAAAGAAUAAUCUUACGGGUUAUUGAUGUAAUACACCCUGGUCCCUAAUCCCAUUUUCUGUAGUAGAGUUUUAAUGUUCAUAUAUGAACUUUGUAUUGUAUUCUUUAUCAGUGUCAUCAGCAACAAAGUUUCAAAAUAAAAAAUAAAGUGAAACCACAAUUAUUUGUCGGGUUAGACA